AUGUCCUCUUUACCUACACUUGAAAGACAAGUGACCGACUCGUCCGAAUGGACUACCGAUACAGACGCGGAGAAGGGUGCUGUCAAGCAUAUCGAUCACGCUGCUGUGAAUGUCCCUCAGGCUAUCGCUGAAGAAGAUGAAGGACCAAAUGUCGGUUUGGCAGCUUAUGAGCAAUCGAAAGCUUUGGGUGAAAUUACACCUGAACAAAAUAAACGUAUUCGAGUACGAAUCGAUUUACUUCUCUUACCUCUAUUCCUCAUCACUCAAACAUUGCAAUACCUCGAUAAGACCGCUUUGAACUAUGCCAAAGUCUUUGGUAUGGAGAAGGCCAUGGGGAUGCAUGGGAAUCAGUAUUCACUCGGAGCAGCUAUUUUCUACAUCGGAUAUAUGGUAGCUCAACCUGGAUGGCAAUACGCUCUUGGUCGAUUACACGCCGGUAAAGUCCUUGGUGUCUCGGCUUUCGUCUGGGGUUUAACCGUAUUGGUCAUGGUUUGGUCCAAGAACUUCACUCACGUUAUGGUGACUCGAUUCUUCCUCGGUGUAUUCGAAGCUGCCGUCACACCUGGUCUGUCAUUAAUGACCGGAUGGUGGUACAAGCGAGAUGAAAUUCCUUUAAGACAAACCAUCUGGUACUCUGCGGUAGGUUGGGGUGGCAUGAUAGGUUCUCUUAUGGCUGCUGGUAUUUCCAAGAUGGACGAUCAUCCCACUCCACGAUGGAAAUUGAUCUUCUACAUCCUCGGUGCAGUCACCAUGGCACUUGGUAUCUGUCUAUACUUCUUCCUUGCCGAUGGGCCCAGUACUGCCAAAUGGAUCAAGAAGGAAGAUCGACCAGCAGCGGUCAACCGAGUUGCCCAGUCGGGUGUGGGUUUGAAAACUACGAAUUUCAAUUGGACUCAUGGUUUCCAAGCGUUGAAAGAUCCUAAAACCUGGUUCCUCUCUUUAGCAAUGUUCGGUUCUUCCGUUCCCAAUGGAGUACUUACCAAUUUCUCCGGAACCAUCAUUAAAGGAUUAGGUUAUUCGACAUUCAACGCUGCUUUACUCGAUUGUGCCGGUCGUUCACUCCAGGUUAUUUCACUUUUGAUUGCUGGUCUCGUAGCCACUCGAUGGGCCAACACCAGGUUGUUGAUGAUGACUGUUGGAAACUUAAUCUGUGUUUUGGGUACAGCCAUGAUGAGCUUCUUACCUUUUACGCACAAAUAUACUUGGGCUAGACUUAUUGGUUUCUGGUUGGUCAACACCCAAUCAAUCGGAUUCACCAUCGGUUUGGUUAUGGUAUCAUCCAAUAUCGGUGCAUACUCCAAGAGAGUCGUAACUUCUUCUUGUAUUUUUGUUGCUUACUGUGUCGGUAAUAUUGUUGGCCCACUGACCGCCUUGGAAAGUGAGGCACCUCGAUACCAAACUGCCGCCUACUCAAUGAUGGCAGGUUACAUCCUCAAGACUAUCUGUCAUGGUCUUCUUUGGGUUUACAUGUGGAGAGACAACAAGUCCAGAGACAAGAAAUACGGUCCUGCCGAUCCUGUCUUGGCGGCUGAUAAUGGUAUGAAGGGUAUGACUGAGAAUGAGAAUAUCCAUUUCAGGUGA